AUGGCUGAUUCAGGCUCAGGCUCUUCCAAGAGAAUGUGGUGCUCCAUCCCCGAAAAACUUCAGCUUCAUGGAGCCAUGUUGGCCCUGCAGUUUGGCUAUGCUGGGUUCCAUGUGGUCUCAAGAGCUGCACUUAACAUGGGUGUUAGCAAACUUGUUUUCCCAGUCUAUCGGAACAUCAUUGCUUUGCUUUUGCUCCUUCCCUUUGCCUACUUCUUAGAAAAGAAGGAAAGGCCAGCGAUUACUUUAAACUUCCUCUGCCAGUUCUUUUUUCUGGCACUUGUCGGGAUUACAGCAAACCAAGGUUUCUACUUGCUUGGCUUGGAGAACACAACCCCAACCUUCGCAUCAGCAAUACAAAACUCUGUCCCAGCCAUUACAUUUCUCAUGGCAGUCAUACUCAGAAUAGAGCAAGUGCAACUGAACCGAAAAGACGGGGUGGCUAAGGUGGCAGGAACCGUAUUGUGUGUUACAGGAGCAACCGUGAUUACACUUUACAAAGGCCCAACAAUAUACAGCCCAAUACCUCCUCUAAAUAGCAGCAACACAACACAAGUGUUUGAUUUUGGAUCACUCUCACUGGGAGAUGCAAAGGGAAAAAACUGGACCCUUGGUUGUCUCUACCUCAUUGGGCAUUGCUUAUCCUGGUCUGCUUGGCUCGUGUUUCAAGCACCAGUUCUCAAGAAGUACCCUGCUCGCCUCUCUGUUACUUCCUACACAUGUUUCUUUGGACUCUUGCAAUUUCUGGUUAUUGCUUUGAUCCUUGAAAGAGACUCACAGGCUUGGGUUUUCCACUCUGGUGGCGAAGCUUUCACAAUUUUAUACGCGGGAGUGGUAGCAUCCGGAAUUGCCUUCGCUGUUCAGAUAUGGUGCAUUGACAGAGGUGGCCCUGUGUUCGUUGCUGUGUAUCAGCCUGUUCAGACAUUUGUUGUUGCCAUUAUGGCUUCCAUUGCUUUAGGAGAAGAGUUCUACUUGGGCGGGAUCAUUGGGGCAGUGGUGAUUGUGGUGGGACUGUACUGUGUAUUGUGGGGUAAAAAUGAAGAGAAGAAGGUUGCAAAAGAACAACUUGUGCUUACAUCUUCAGCAGAGCAUAGCAUCAUAAGGCCCGCAAGCCACGCCAAAGCAUCACUUAAUCAACCACUCCUCUCUUCAUCAACAGAGAAUGUCUGAUAAAGGGAAUCAUAACUUUAAAUCACAGCAUUUUCUGGUGAGAUGAAAAAGAA